UCCCUAUAGCCGUUUGAAUGAUAAAUAAUUUAGGGUUCUUCGCGUUUGGCGAUGGAAGAGCAGCAAAUCCAAGCGGCAGCGUCCGAGGCGACGGAGCAGAUCCAAUCCAUUCUCGAUCCGAGCAGCAUCGACGAGCUCAAGCGCCUCCAGCUUCUCAUAUUGGGCAGGCUAGGCGAUAGCAACGCGGUUCUUUCGCACUACAACGAAUUCUCCGAGCGUAGCUUCGCCGCGGUAGCUCCAGAUUUCGCCAAGAACACGAAGCUCCUCAAAUCCAUGAAAGCCGAUCUAGACCACAUUUUCAAGCACAUCAGGAUCAUAAAAAAUCGGAUCCAGAGCCAGUUUCCUGACGCUUUCUCGGAUCACCACUGAGAAAUCUGUAUGUACAGAGAAUAAUUUACCGAAGAGUUUGUAGCA